AUGAGGAUAAAUUUAUGGGAAGGGUUUGCUCAUAAUCAAGGUCGUUUCUUAUUCCAUGAGCUUGAUCAGGAUCAUGUGUUGGGUGCAUCCAUGGUAUCAGUUGGCUCCUACUAUGGUGCAUGUCUUUCGACUGUUGGACGUACCAGGCUUUUUAUUGAUCCUGAUAUUGAUGAAACUGAUGAUCUACAUGGAUGGUAUGCAGAUGAUGGAUAUGUCCAAAAACAUAUCAGCUGGAGUCAAAUUUUAGCUAACAAUAUCUCUCAAAUGGAAAUGGUGUUCAAUGCUAAAAGAAUCAAGUUAAAUCAGUUUUCAGCUGCUCAUAAUGUAAUAUACUUUCGAGUACUAGCAAAAGUGUUAUCCAUUGAUUCUUCUAUGCCUAUUUGGUAUGAAUCAUGUGCUCGACACUCAAGGAGAGCUGAUAUGUGCGUGAAGUGUGACCCUUCCAAUAGUAGGCCAAGAUAUAGAAUCAAUGUAAAAGUUGGUGACGCUACAAAUACAUUAUCUGUUGUACUCUUUGGCCAAUAUGCUGAGAUGAUUAUCGGCUGUCCAAUAUCAAGUAUUCAAGCAAUGACAAAUAAUGAAUUUGCAGCCUAUGAGUAUCUGAGUGAACGUCUGAUGAAUACAUUCACUUUCAUACUACAUGUUCCCGAAAUAGAAUUCUACUACUUAAAACGAGAGAUGCACUAA